CAGCGUAACAGGGCAUCUCCUUCAUUAGCACCAUCAUUCUCACAUUCUUGACCAAUAACUCUCUCUUCGUUUCUCGUUCUCUCAACCCUUUUGAUCUCUCUUGCUUUCUCGCUUGCCAUGGAUGAAGAAUACGAUGUCAUCGUGCUUGGGACUGGGCUGAAAGAGUGCAUUCUCAGUGGUCUCCUCUCUGUUGAUGGCCUUAAGGUCCUUCAUAUGGAUAGAAAUGAUUAUUAUGGGGGAGAAUCAUCUUCACUCAGUCUCAUCCAACUCUGGAAAAGGUUCAGGGGAAAUGAUAAACCCCCUGCACAUCUGGGUGCUAGUAGAGAUUACAACGUUGACAUGAUCCCCAAGUUCAUGAUGGCAAAUGGUACCUUGGUUCGUGUGCUAAUUCAUACUGAUGUUACCAAGUACCUUUCAUUCAAAGCUGUUGAUGGAAGCUAUGUCUUUAACAAGGGAAAGGUUCACAAGGUUCCUGCGACAGAUAUGGAGGCACUUAAAUCUCCACUGAUGGGUUUAUUUGAAAAGCGUCGUGCCAGAAAAUUUUUCAUGUAUGUCCAAGAUUAUGAUGAAAAUGAUCCAAAAACACAUGGAGGUUUGGAUCUUACAAGGGUGACCACUAAAGAACUUAUUGCGAAAUAUGGUUUGGAUGACAACACUAUAGACUUCAUCGGUCAUGCACUGGCACUUCAUAGAGAUGAUCGCUAUUUAAAUGAACCUGCUUAUGAUACUGUAAAAAGGAUGAAGCUUUAUGCUGAAUCACUGGCACGAUUUGAAGGAGGCUCACCAUACAUUUAUACUUUAUAUGGAUUGGGGGAGCUACCCCAGGCAUUUGCUCGCCUUAGUGCUGUUUAUGGUGGAACAUACAUGCUGAAUAAACCAGAAUGCAAGGUUGAGUUUGAUGAGGAAGGAAAGGCCUGUGGUGUGACAUCGGAAGGGGAGACUGCUAGAUGCAAGAAAGUGGUUUGUGAUCCUUCCUACUUGCCAAACAAGGUGAGGAGAGUUGGCAAGGUUGCAAGGGCCAUUGCUAUAAUGAGCCACCCCAUCCCAAAUACGGAUGAUUCUCAUUCAGUACAGGUUAUACUACCCCAGAAGCAACUUGGACGCAAGUCUGAUAUGUAUCUUUUCUGUUGUUCAUAUACCCAUAAUGUUGCUCCCAAAGGAAAGUUCAUUGCCUUUGUUUCAACGGAAGCUGAGACAGAUCACCCUGAAUCAGAACUGAAGCCAGGCAUUGAUCUUCUUGGCCCAGUUGAUGAGAUAUUUUUUGAUACAUAUGACAGAUUGGAACCUGUUAAUGAACCCACUUUGGAUCAUUGCUUCAUUUCAACUAGCUAUGAUGCUACCACUCAUUUUGAAUCAACGGUCAUGGAUGUGCUUUCCAUGUACACGAAGAUCACCGGAAAGAAUGUUGAUCUUAGUGUGGAUUUGAGCGCUGCUAGCGCUGCGGAAGAAUGAGAAAGUACAAUUUCAAAAAGUUACGCGUCAAUGGUGACAUGAUCUUACCAUUUCCAGCCGCUUUCUCAAGAUAAUCUUUCAGUUAAUUAUGGGGAUAAUUGAAUUGAAUUAAUUUCCUUGAGCAUUUCUCUGCUAUCUACAUAGACUUUUCAAUAUGUCUGAAGUAGCCUUAGAAUGUCUCUUUUUCAAUCAUUAAUGUUGAUGCUGUGUAACUAUGUCUGCCCUGAAAACUAAUUUAUUUGCUUCUAUGUGUUUUAUUAUUGUA